CGGCCGCUAUAUAUGCGGGAGAAGGGGGAGCUGGGCUGCAGGCAGAGCUGGAGACGCCUGGUUUAGCAAGCUCUCGUGCUUUUCUCAGAGCCGGAGGAAUCGCAGCGUGCCAAGAUGUGCAAAGGACUAGCCGCGCUGCCCCACACGUGCCUGGAGAGAGCCAAGGAGAUCAAGACCAAGUUGGGCACGCUCCUCCAGAAGCCUGACUCGACCAUUGACUUCAUCAUCCCCUACCCGGAGAAGCCAGAGAAGCCAGCCAAAGCCCAGAAGCCAUCGCCAGAGGAGGCUUUGCAGUGGCGUGAUUCCCUGGAGAAGCUCCUGCAAAACACCUACGGGCUCGCCAGCUUCAGCAGCUUCCUGCGCUCCGAGUUCAGCGAGGAGAACGUCGAGUUCUGGGUGGCCUGCGAGGACUACAAGAAAACCAAGUCUCCUGCGAAGAUGGCAGAGAAGGCCAAGAAGAUAUACGAGGAGUUCAUCCAGACAGAGGCACCUAAGGAGGUGAAUAUUGACCACUUCACCAGAGCUGUGACCAUGAAGAACCUGGUGGAGCCAUCAGUGGGCAGCUUUGACAUGGCCCAGAAGAGGAUCUUUGCCCUGAUGGAGAAGGACUCCCUGCCCAGAUUCGUGCGGUCGGAGUUUUAUCAGGAGCUGAUCAAGUAGCAGCGCGGCCAGGCUGUGCGAGGCACUCCCCACGAGCAAUCCCACCGCUUCUGUCUGAUCGCUUUCCCCUUCUCCUCUUGCUGCUUUGCUUUCUCAAUGACACCCUAAAAGGGCAUCCAGGAGUGUUGCUAAACUUUUCUCCCAGUGCUUUGGACCCCAUCAGAGAUGCCUCUCUUACAGUCUCUGUCCUCUCUUAUCAGAAGACCAAUUAGCAGAAACAUCUGGUGAACCUCCCCUGGAUGGUGGGUGGGGGCACUGGAAGCAGCUGAGCAGCCGAUACCAGCUGUGACCCCACAGCAGCUGGAGCACCGGGGCCAGGGCCAGGGCCAGGGCUGGGGCCGGGGCCGGGGCCAGGGCCAGGCAGCGCUUUUCUGGGGCUGCGACGCUCAUCUUCAUUCGGAGGUUUUCAGAUGCCAGCCUCCGCCCUGCAGGCCCCAUCUCAGCGCUGCUGGAGGGGUCCUGGGUGCUGGGUUUAACCCAGGCAAACCGGGUUUAGCCCAGGCAAACUGCCCUGCCUGCCCCUCCAGCCGCCCUGACCCCCAGCGCGCUGGUCCCCUGCGCAUAUGUUUCUGCUGCAAACUCCUGCCCCGUUUGGGCCGUGGCGCGCGCAGGCGCUGGCCCGUGUUCGCACGUGCGGGGCGAGGGCUGGUGCCUGCAGCGGCUCUGGGAUUGUUUCUCUGACUUGGCUGCUUUUCUGAAGCUGCUGGGACACGACCUGUAUUUUUCCCAGGUUUGCCCGCGUCGCUGCUCCGGCCCAGGCGCUUUCCCUCCUGGCAGCUUCCCGGGUGUCGCCGGGGCUGCCCUGGGUGCUGCGGACGUGCUCCCAACCCCGGCUGAGCCCCGCGGGUUUGCAGCCCCGGGGACCGUGGCAGGUCAUAGCCAAGCACCGGCUCUAGCGUGUCUUCAGAAAACGGCCGUUCAGCAGACGCAGCCGGGUGAAGCAAAGGCGACAGACGGAGGUUACAUCCGUAGGGAAGGGAGGGAGCUGUGAAACCGUGCCCCAGCCCGCAGGCAGAGCGGCAUGCGGCGCGCCUCACCGAGCGGCCCCGCCUGGGAGCUGCCGGCCCGACGGCCCGAAGGCUGCGCCCCGGAGGCCGUAAGAGGGGUAAAACCAAAUCUGUCCGUUCAAAACGCUGGGACUGUUUAGCAAAGCAGGCCUCCUGCCUGCUCCAGCCACUCGCAUUAGUUACUGCUCAUAACUUCCAGGCUGCCCCAUCCCCGGUGCCUACGCACAGCCCCGAGCAGCGCUGCCGAGGCGGCUGCCGGCGCGCUCGGAUGCACGUCUGCGGCUGCAGCUGCAGCUGCCGCAGCCUCCCCUGCCAGCUGCUUCUCUCUGUAGUGGGCACGCCGAAGCGAUGCUUCUGCACAAACCCCAGCGAGGGCAAUCAGUUAGAUGAGGGAGCAAAACCAUGCUGGGGGGAAAAAAAGCUGCUGAUUGGAACUGUCCCGAUCCAAUUCUGAAAAGGAAAAAAAAAAAAAGACAAAAACAUUUGAAAGAUGAAGAAUAAAACCCUGUCUUGAACAGAUGGCAAACUCUGCUGAGUUUGUGAAGCCUGCUCCUCUCUCUUCAGUCCCCUCCAGGCUGCCCAAGGCAUGUGUUUUUAAGGCGGUCUCUUAAAAAGACCAGUUCUUUGCAAAUUAUGCAAAUCCAGCCCACUUUGCUGACAGAAGGUAUCACAUCUGACAACAGGGCGAAGGCAUGCAUAGAAGGAAGCUGGGGGUCUCAUUUCAAUCUCGACCUCGUGAGUUCUCUGAUGUGACCGUAGUAAGUCCUUGGGGUCUGAAAGUGUCAUCCCUGGGAUGAGCUCCUGGUGCGGCCACCGCAGGCCCACGCCUUGCGGUGAGCAUGCUGUGUGGCUCCACCUGCACAGCAAGCAAUCCAACGUAUCUAUCCAAAAUAUAUGUGAUUACACUUCCAGGAGGCCUCUCAUCCACCCUCAGACGGCUCUACCCAAACUACAAAUCAUGAGACUCCACGCAAAAUGCAAUAACAUAAACAAUGGGUUUGCCAACCUCUUAAAGACUUGAAAAAUCUGAUCAAAACCCCAGCAGCCCCAAAUAUUUACACGUUGUCACUAUGGUGAUGAAUAAAAAUACAGCUCUAGCUGCAGGAAGUGGGCUGCACUUUCCAGGCGGCGUUGGGGAGGCAGAGGAAAGAUGAAGGACAUCCCAAAUGCACUCUGCGCAUGGGCUUUUUUUCUCCCCAGCAAAUGGCCUGGGAAAGUUGGUGCUUGAGCAGCAGCAGGCAAUGCUCACUGAGCAUUUCUGGGGGCGAGCAUGGGGUCGGCUUGGGCUGCCACGGAUCACCAGAGCCGCGAUGGGGCCAAUGCAUGGCAGGAGGGCCCCAGGCAGGUAACACCUCUGCCGUGAGAAAGUGCAAGUCCAGCCUUCAAAACGGCGUGGGGUCUCCCUAGCAGCGUUUGCUGCCUGGAGCCAGUGUACGACGAGUAAGAGGCAAGAACAGGGCUUAGAGCAAGAGGAUAGGCUGGUCUAGCAGUUGUAAUACAGGGUAUUCCCGCUGCCUCUGGGCCAUCUGUGGGCUCUGCCAUGGUCCCAGCAUCUUCACACAGUAGUAUCACCACAACCUGGGUUCGGUGUGUUUAUGCUCCUCGUUCAUGGCACUACUGAUAGAAAUGCAAAACCAAACAGGCUUCCUUGCAGAAAGACUCAUAUAUUUCAUUUUUACUUAAUAGUUCAGCACAUAUUUCAAGUUACUCUCAUAUGUUUCACAGUUAAAUACCAACAGCAAUACUGUAGAGAGCUGGAGUCUAGCAUACGUCCCCUGCUGAAGGGUGAAUUGCUGUGCGUGAGACAAACCUGAGGUGUCACGAGCUGCAACAGCGCCGCGCGGGGCAGAGAGAAAGUGUCUUGCUACGUAGGAAUCGAAAAGAAAGGUGGAGGGCAGAAUCAGGAGAGGUGAAGUAGCUUCUGCCGAGGCGUCAGCUGGAAAUGCCAACUGAGCAUCAAACGUCGGAUGGAAAACAUUGGCCAGGAAGCUCAAGCCAGGACUCGCUUGCGGGACGAAUGCGUGGGCUCCUUGGGAGCCCGUGGGCAACCUCCUGAGGUCCAUGGGAAGCGCGUCCUUGGCCGAGUUCAGAGCAGCUCUCUGCGCAGCUGUGACCGCUCCACGUCUGCACUUUGGGACGGCGGCGGUGCGUGUCGGGCAGCCCAUGCCGGGACGUGCCGCGGCGCCCAGCGCGGCCGCGGCUCACGCGAGCACGGCACGAACAGCGCCCUCCCAGUGGAGGUGGCGGGAGUUGUGGUUGGGUGGCAUGGGCGUUUGGCUAAUUGGGUGGCAGCGGCUGCAUCUACUCUGCCGCUGAGCUUUCUGAAGGCAAGAAACAUUUAUGGUAGGGUCAAUACCAGCUAUCAUAUUUCUGGCAGGAAAUAUUUCAUGUAUUUUGUCACUCUUGCUCUUAUCAAAUUAGGCAUAUGUAUGAGCACCAUACACAUACUGUUACAUAUCUGUAUCGUUAUAGACAUAUAUACGCAUACACACACACAUACCUACUCCUAACACUGGCACCUCGAUCUCCGGUGAGUCACUGAUUCAAAGUGCAGAGCAGCUGGCUAGGGCUUCGGUCUGGCGCAGAGAAGAGCCUGAGUGGAUUUAGCACAACCCCCUUGGCCUUCCCCAGAGUAAAAAUGAACACGCACCUCCCAAAAGACCCCCAGAAACAGCCCCUGUGCCCUCAGCCUGUGCCCUCCUCUGCAGAGCCCUGGGGCGACCCUGGCUGUCGAUGCAGGUGGUGGGUCUCGUGCUCCACGUGGUGGCCAGGGGUCCCAGCCCCGCUGCCGUGGGGCAAGGCAACCCCAUGCUGCAGCACGGUGGUCCCUGGUGCCCAGCUCAGCUUUGGGCAUCCCCGGCUCUUGCCUGGGGCCACGGAGAGCCGAGGUCCCUGAUGUGGCUUGGCCCCCCCUGCUUGCUGCUCCCCUCCCACCCUGGGCAUUAUUUGCUCUGUGUUAUCUGGUUAAUUCAGCAACCCCGAUCUCCCCUGGCCUGUCAAGGCUCCCUGCAUGCUGGCAGCGGGAUGACCUGCCCCAGCUCAGCCUUGGCGGCUGCUGCACCACAAGGUAGCGGUGGGAGCUGCUGCGCACCGGUGGGAGCUGCUGCGCACAAGGCUGAGCACGUCCGAGCGCUCACCCAGACCCUCCCCGCACCUUGACCAUGUGUUGAAGUGCCCCGGCUGGAAGGUGCCGACUGCCACGGCCAAGGAUCAGACAAUGGUCACCACGCGAGAUGGCCUCCCUUCACAACUGAGUAGUUAUUUUUCAGUUUGAAGUUCUCCUGUGUGAUGUCCACUAGCAAGAUCUCCAUUGCAUGGUGAAGACAUGGGACAUUGGUGUGCACUGAGGAACUGGUUAUGUUAAUUCAUAUUCCUGUACCAGUCAGUAAUCCAUAUAUAAACAUAUUUCUACUACUA